AUGGAUAGUCUUAUUUUUGGAGGUUCACCCGAAGAAGCUUUGAAAGAAAUUAUGAAAAAUCCACCUUACGACCUUACCUUACCGGUAGAAGAACUCCUUUCUUCACGUAAAAGAAAGAAAUCUCAAAAACCACCUCGAGCGCAAAACAAAUUUAUUUUGUUUCGAAAAGAUUAUACUGCAAGGGCGAGAAAACAAGACCCAGAUCGAACAAAGUUAAUGAAUACUCAUGAUUUUUCAAGAGAAGCAAGUCAACAAUGGGAAGAUCAUUCACCUCAGGUGAAAUUAUUCUUUACGAUCUUGGCGACCGUCGCCACCGAAAGGCAUAAAGCGAUCUACCCGGGUUACGUCUACGAACCCGAGAAAAAGAAAGAUAAACCGGCAUCGCCAAUUUCACCAGUUUCGCUAGAAAACUUUAUGGGUGAAUCUUCGGACGAAUUUGAAGAGUACAUUGACUAUAGUCAAUGCUCGAAAGAGACAGACCUAGGCAUUUCUGAAAUAUCUGGCAAGUUGAACGAUGACUGCCAGUAA